GCGCGUCGAAACCAGAGAAAAAUUGAGACCACCAAAAACAGGCUCAUUGGCAAUCUCCCUACUCAUCUCUGGUGCAAGAACAGACGAACUGGAACGGAUUUCAUGCUCACCCGUUACUGUCAAUUCAAACUUUGACGUUUGAAUCCUAAAUGUCAAUAUUAUUUAUAAAAUUUAAUUAAAUAAUAAAAUAACACUGAAACGGACAAAAUUGUUACAUAAAUAAAAAUUGAAAAGAAAUGUAAUAAUGCAGGGUGAACAGUGGAAGAAGUUAGAAAAAGUUUUUGGGGGUUAUAAACUAAUCGCUGCUUUUAAACCUGGAUUUUCAACUUGUAGAACAAGGACUAGGUUAACACAAGUAGCAUUUGAUCUUGCAGAGGAACGAUUAGUUACUGUGGACUCGAAAGGGAAUGGUUACAUCGUAGAACUAUCAAAUGAAUAUCCUGUGUAUAAGAAAUUGGGUCCAGUGGGUUUAAGUUCUUUCAUUGCAUUUAACCCUUUUCAGAAUGAUGAAAUCUUAGUUGGACUAUCUUCAACUGAUAUAAAAGUCUUUAAUCUUAAGAAGAAAAGUUCUUUUUUACUCUCUGGUCACAUAAGUGUUCCAAAUGAGAUUUCAUUUUACAAAAAUUACGCUUUAACAACAUCGUCUAAAGAAGCAAUAAUAUGGGAUCUGAAAUCCUGCCUCAAAAUGCAUCAAUUAAAGUUACAUUCCACAAAUAUAUCUUUGAAAAGAUCAGCAGUUUCUACUUUAGGACAAGUGGCAGUCCUUUACAGUAACGAUAUUAUUCAGAUUUGGAAGUUUAAAAAAUUUGACUCUGAUACCAGAGUAGAUAUGAAAUCUUUUGGAUUGCACAAUGUGAAGGACUUCAACUUUACAAAAGAUGGAAAAACUAUGAUUCUGAGUGCAUUCUGGAAUAAGAUUCUGGUGUUAAGUACAAGUACUUGGAAACCAAUAAAAAUUAUUCAAUUACCUGAAAAUUUGAUUGGAGUAAAGCGAAUUGCAAUUUUACCAACACCAUUGGAUGGAGGAUCCAAUCACAUAAUAGCAAUUUUAUCUUCACAUAUGAUUCCCCACUUCUUGGAUCUUAAUACUUCUUGUUUUAUUGAUAUCUCAAUAAAAGAAGUUCAAUUGCUCAGUGGUAUUAAAAAAUUGUGUAUAUCAAUGAGUGGUCUUUAUAUUGCUUGUAUUGAAAACAAUGGAGACCUUAUUCUCAUAAAAACAGAAAAACUAUUACCUACGAAAAGUGUUUCUAAGGAAUAUGUUCAAUUGAAAAAAAUUGGAAAACGGAAAUUAAAACCACAUUGCACAGAAGAUCAUCUUCGAGGAAUUCAACAAAGCAUAAAAAAGGAAUUAAAAUUACAAAGACUACUGUCCAUCCUGAAUGAAUUUGGAGAGUAUCCAAAAAAACAUCGGUCGAUUAUUUGGACAACUGUUUUGCAGCUUCCUGCAAACAGAAGCGCAUAUGCAGCACUUGCGAACGAGAAUCCGCGGGAACACAUAAGAAAGGAUAUGCUGAAAGAUUAUCCUUUGUCUGAGCAAAGCAAAGCAAAACUUUUAAACAUUACUAUUGAUUGUUUAGUGAAUUGGUGUCCUUUGCUUGGACAAAAUUUAUUUCUUCCACGGCUUGUUUUUCCCUUUCUUGUUGUCUUUCAGCAGAACCCCAUUCUUGCUUUUGAAGCAGUUCUUUGCGUUUUAUGUAACUAUUGUCAAAAGUGGUUUGAAUAUUAUCCUUUACCUCCACUGAAUGUAUUGGGAAUUGUCGAAAAUAUUCUUUUGGAAGCUGAUCCUGCAUUAUUAAAUGUCCUUUGUGAGAAGGGAAUAACUUCUACAGAAUAUGCUUGGCCUUUACUUCAAACGACUUUAAGCGAAGUUUUGUCUGGCGAUGAAUGGAUGAUAUUAUGGGAUCAUUUAUGGUCUUAUGGCAGAAUUUCCCUUUUACUCAUGUGCGUUGUUGCAUACAACAUUUGCUGCCGAGAAAUAAUAAUUUCCAUUCUGAAGACACCUGAAGAUUUUAAAAAGUUAUAUACAACACAAGGACAUAUAAGUGUCAAAAACUUAUUGGAAAUUGCUAAAAGAUUGGAUCAUCAGACUCCAUUUCGAAUACACCCAAGUCGAUAUUUCAGAAAUAAAUUAUGUUUUUUACCAACUGAAGGACCAUACCCACCCUUUCUAAUGCAAGAAUAUCCGAAAUUUCUUACUGACGAGACUCGUAUUGCCAAAUUUGAAAGACUGAAAGAACAGAAUCAGGUUCUAAAGAAACAUCAGCAGCACAUUCUGAAAGAGUCAGAAGAAAAAAGGAUACAUGUUGAAGCAGAAAAUUUAAGAAAACAAAUUCAUGAAGCCAGAUUAAAUGAAUUACGUAAAUGUUAUGAUGAAAAAAUAAGAAAUGAGGAAUGGCAAUUAGAAACCGCUUGGAAUAUUGUGGAUAAAAAUUCUAUGUCUAGGUACGAAUGUACUUGCAAAGAAUCGCUCAAUGCUGCCAAGGUGAAUGAUAAGACAGACAGCGAGAAAAGCGAUGCAUGGAAUAGGAGAAAAUGUGAAGAAUUGCAGGACGAAGUUGAAAAACUAGAACAUGAAGUACACACAUUAUUAGAAACUGUAUAAUUAUUGUUUGAUAAUUGAUACUACAUUUCGUAUUGUCAAAAUCCUAAAAAUUGGAAUGAUAUUUCGGUUUUACUCGACAUGUGUACAAUAUAAUUGCACUAAAAAUAAAUAUAUUGUUUAAAAUAUGUUUGGAA